GAACGGUAAAAGUACAAACGCACAAAGACAUAGACACACGGGAAUAAAAUGUCCACUAUAUUACCGAUGUAUGUGUGCGUGUGUAUGUGCGUAUGAUUGAGGUUUCGCGACGUAAACGUUUCAUUGCAAGUGCAAUACAGAUGGUUUCUCUAAAGAGAAACGUCAAACAUAGACUUGUGUAUAUUUUGUGUUGUUGUCACUUUCGCCGCUGUUUACAAUCGAACUGUGUAUUGUUGUUACCAUAAUUGUAAAGAAUAUGAUAGAAUCAGACAAUUUAUUCUUUAUUUUUUUCCAUUAAAAUUUUGCGAAAAAUUUAUAUAUCAAAACUACACUUCAAGAAGCGUAUAUUGUUUUUGCAUGAAAAUGGAAGAAUCGACAGAAAUAAAAACAGAAACUCCUAUGCGUCGUUCGAUACGUGCGAAAGUUCCAAACACCGAUUUGAUCAACAGGCGGAAGAUUUUGAGCAAAAUUCCGGUACCACCAAGUAUAAACCGAAAUUACAAGAUGAAAAGGCAAAGUAAUAUUAAAAAGAUGAAGGGAAAGGUCGAUUUACAAAUUAAAAACGAACCCGACGAUUCCAUUGGUUGUGAACAGUCGAACAAAACGAUUGUUCAACCGGAUGAGAUUCCGAUCAAAGAAGAAAAAGACGAAGUUCAUGACGAAAAUGAUUCGAUAAUUAAACCAGAUCCGCUUAUUGUUCCAGACAAUUUCAUUGUGACGAAAAAUGCCAGAAUCAUGUGUGGCAUGGACAAAGCGAUUGAACCAGUGUACUUUCCUACUGAAGCUCAAAAUUCGGGUCUCAUUUUGUUCAACAGCAGUUCUAAAAAGGCCAUCCUUAAAAUAUCGUACCCAAAAUGUUUCGUGAUAUUGAGUGGUCAAUUCCAUGUUGACGGGCAAGGAGUCUUCCAAACUGGUGAUUUCAUCAAAGCACCUGCUGGUUCACAGCUCGGAAUCAAGUACCAGGGUGGCAGUGAAGGUUGUGGGAGAAUCAUCUUUUUCAAAUCACAAUCAUGAAAUUGUGUAAACUAUUUGAAUGCCAUAAAUUUUGCAUACGCAUUGCGCACCUGAAUAGUCGAU